AUGGGUGCGCUCAAGCUUGUUCUCAAGCUGGGGAGGCUCAAGAUGACGGUGUUCUCCGCAGUCACCUACGGGACCGCGGCCAGCGUGGCGAAUCUCGCGCUCCUUGAGGCCGGCUCGCCGAGCGAGUUUGACGCCGGUCUUUUCCUUGCAGGGUGGGCAUUCGUGUUCUUCACGCAGCUGGUGGCGCACUUUCUAGGAGAGUACUACGACCUCCCUUCCGACAAGCUCAACUACUACGCCGGCCCGCUCACCGGCGGGUCAAAGGUACUCGUGUCCGGAGACAUCACCCCAGGGCAGUGCUUCGCGCUGGGCUACGCCUGCGCCGCCGCGGCGGGGGGCAUCCUCGCCCUGGUUCUGCCCCGCCGCUGCCUGGCGACGGGCCUCGCCCUCAUGUUUAUCGCGCACCAGUACAGCGCCCCUCCUUUCAAGUGCAACCACCGGGGCCUCGGGGAGCUGACGGCCUCUCUGGCGAGCAACGUCUUGCUCCCGCAGUUCGCGGCGCUGGUGCAGUCGGCCUCUUUCGAGGAGGCCCUGGCGCCGGGGCUUUUCCACGCCAGCCUCGCCGUUCUCGUGGUCCCGGCCUUCUUCCUCAAGCUCAGCCUUUUCUUGGCCCUCAACAUGGCAGACCGCCGGCCGGACUGGCUAGGGGCGAAGUACACGCUGCCGGUCAUUCUUGGCGACGAGGCCUGCUCGAGGAUGCUGGGCGCGUUCAACGUACUCGCCUACGCCUCAGCCGCCUGCAUCUUCCUCCUUGGCCUCUGCCCUGCCACCACGCUCGCCGCCAUCCUCUUGUCUGCGCCGGAGGCCCUCUCCAUCGCCCGCGCCUUCAACCCCUCUCUGACGCCCGGGCAGCUCACGCGGGGAUGCAGCACCUCCCCUUCUAAGCAGACUGGCGAAGCAGCGGCAGGCGACAGCGGGAAACAACAACGCCCUUACCGCUUGGAAGGCCUGGUGGUUCGCGUUCUGAAGCACGGUCCGGGGAUCGUUCUUGCCGUCUUCGCGGACACGGUGCUGCGAGAGGCGAUGGCGGCCGGUUCGGCGGCGGCGGCGGCGACAGCGGAGGACAGCGGCAUCGAAGGCGUUUCGUACUGGGGCAGCUGGCUGUCGGGCACCCUCGGCGUAGCGCUGUCCCCGUCUCUGGCGGUGCGAUGCCUCCCGCUCUUGCCGUUCGUCUACUUGUUCUUCCUGUCGACCCCCGGCAAGCCCGCACCGCCGUCAAACACGGCCACGAGCACGACCGCGCAGCAGCUAGCUUCUUCUUCAGCCGGAGGAUGGUCGUCUGAGUCGGCGGCGGCGGCCGCAGGGGCGAAGGAGAAGGAGCGGGCGGCAGGGGUGGUGGUGGCCGGCGGGGGCGUUGGAGGGCUUGUUCUCGGCGCUUGCCUGCAAGAGCUCGGCCUGCCGUUCGAGAUCUUGGAGAAGAGCCCCAACGGCGAGGACGUCGGCGGGGCGGACAUCGCCCUGUGGCCGGCGGCUACGAAGGUUCUCAAGGAGCUCGGGGUGGGAUCGGCCGCCGAUUCCGCUGCCGGCGACGACGGCGAUGAUGAUUUCGUAGACCUGGCGGACUUCUGGGGGAGAAAGACCUACCCCGUCCGUUUUGUGCGCAUCUGCAAGGUGGACAAGAACGGCGUCAAGAAGCAGCAGCAGAAGCCAUCGUCGCCUGCGGCGGCGGCACCGGAGACUGUCCUGACGACGGUUGACAUGGACGCCGUGGUCACCGGGGAGGGCGAGCCGUUCCGCCUGGUGAGCAGGAAGGCGGUCAUGUCGGCGCUGCUGCCGCUCAUCAACCGGGGCAGGCUGCGCAGGGGGGUCCGCGUGGUGAAGGCGGAGCAGUCCACCCCGCCGGGAGAGACGACGGCGACGGUGCACAUCGUUCCCGCGGCGGCGGCGGCGGCGGGGGGGGGUGGCGUCGGCGGCAGCGGCGGUAGCAACAACAGCUCGGCGGCGGAGCGCGUGGAAUGCCGCGUCCUUGUCGGCGCCGACGGGAUCCACUCCAUGUGCCGCGUGGAGGUGUCGGCCGCGGCCGCCAGGUUGUCUUCCUGGGGGUACAACGACGGUUCGCGCCCCGCCUCCGAAGCUCCGGCAGGCGUCCCCCCCUCCCCGCGCGCGAAGGGGGUCCGCGACGGGGGCGAGGUGUGCUACCGGGGGGUCCUGGACCUGAGAGACGGGGCCCCCGCGGCGGCGGCGGCGGGGCUGAGGUCGGUCUUCGAGGAAGACGAAGAGGCGCGUCCAGGAUCGAUGAGCGUGGUCUACGGCGACCGCAUCCGGUUCUCGUGGGGGUUCAUCGACGGCACCGGCGAAACCGGGUAUUGGUUCGUGAAGCAGCUCACGGGGACGAAACACGACCGUAGUGGUUCGGGUGGAGAGGGCGACCAGAAAGCUGGCGCGCGUGGAGACGCUCGGCUGCUCGCGAAGCGGUGGCCGGAGCCCCUCCGGACGUUGGCUGAGAUGACGGGAGAGGAGUGCUCGUACGUGCAUCGGAUCCAGGACAGGCCGCCCAUCGACAGGUGGAGCUCCGGCAACAUCACCCUCCUCGGCGACGCCUGCCACCCGGCGACCCCCAACAACGGGCAGGGGGCCUGCAUGGCCAUCGAGGACGCCUUGGUGCUGGCGACCUUGCUCGCAGAGCACUGGGAGAGGCCCGACGGUCACGUGGAGGCUUUUUACCUGUAUGAGAGGGCGCGCCUGACCCACACGAGGCGCGUGCAGGGCGAGUCCCGCAAGCAGAUGAAGCUGGGGCAGCUGACGAACCCGGCGGGGAUCUGGCUGCGCGAGCUGGUCAUCGGCGCGCUCCCGGCUUCCUUCCUACAGAAGAAGCUGCGCGCGGCCAACGUUUUCGACAUCGACCCCUGGCUCGACAGGUUCAGGGCGCUCAAGGCGGAGAGGCAGAGGGCCUAG